AUGGUAGAAAAACCAAUGAUGCCUCUGUCUUCAGAAUCAGGCAUGCAAGGACAGGGAACUUGUUCGGAUAUUAUUCCUUUGGAUUGCUAUGCACGGAGACCGGGAUUAGAAGUGCCGUUAGAAGACUCAGCAUGGAUCUGUGCUGGGUGCGGAGGUCGAAUCUGCGACAGAUUUUACUUGAUGGCGGUGGACAAACAAUGGCACGUGCAGUGUUUAAAAUGUUCCGACUGUAAACUGCCACUAGAUUCCGAACUCACGUGCUUUGCUCGAGAUGGGUGUAUAUACUGCAAGGAUGACUACUAUAGACGUUUUGGAGUGAAAAGAUGUGCACGGUGCCACCUUGGAAUCGCUGCUAAUGAACUUGUUAUGAGAGCCCGAGACGUAGUGUAUCAUUUGUCCUGCUUCACGUGCAAUGCGUGUAACCGACCUCUGACGACGGGCGAACAAUUCGGAAUGAAGGACCAUCUAGUGUAUUGUCGUACGGACUAUGAAAUGAUGUUUCAAGGAGACUAUAUACCGAGCAUGUCUCCCGGACUAGGCGGUCAUCAUCAGGGGCUACCCUACUAUAACGGAGUCGGUGCCGUACAAAAAGGACGACCAAGGAAACGAAAAAGUCCGUGUCCAGAAUUAGAACAUUGUCCAAUGGGUUUGGGUCCCCUUGAUAAUGGCGAACGACCAGGAGAAGUUUUAGAUCGAGAAUCCUACCAUAGUCAAGGAUCUCGGCAAAAAAGAGUCCGAACCUCCUUCAAACACCAUCAGUUACGGACGAUGAAGUCAUAUUUCGCGCUAAAUCACAACCCAGACGCUAAAGAUUUAAAACAACUGGCACAGAAAACGGGGUUAAAUAAGCGAGUUUUACAGAUAACAAAACGAAACAAUAGUGGAUGUCGUGAUAAACGAGACAAAAAUAAACGAACAUCCAGUGAAUAA